GGCUCUUGAUUUUUAAGUUUGGCAGACCCCACACUAAAUACACAUAUCACAAUCAUCACGGAAAGGAAAAUACAUUUGCUGAAUACAUCUCUUUUUGCGUACAUUCUUUGUACAAAAUAGUCCUGUUUCUUUUCAAUUUUUUACUGCUUUAUUUCAUUAUUUCGUAGUUUGCAUUUUGUAUUUCUUUUGAUUUCUUAUCAGCAAACUUGUAUCAUAUCUUAGCAACAACCCCCUGUUUAUCAUAAAACCCUUUCAUCUCUUUCCAUUUCCUUUUCUAUUAAAAAUCCUUCGCAUUUUAAGCUUGAUCACUUACUUAAAACUGCAGUGACUCAAUUGACAGUAAUCUUUUAAUGGGUCAUCCUUUUGACGACAGCAUGAAUCAUACUAGCAAUCCUAAUUACUUUCUGAACGAUGACUUUCAAGACUUACUAAAUUUUGAAACAGCAGCUACGACAACGAUGAGUCAUAGUUUACCUUCAGAUUUGAUUAUGGAUGCUUAUUCUCCAUCGCCGCCUACAACCUCUUCCAUCACAACCGCCACCUCAAAUAUAUCACAGCAACAACCACAUCUCCAGACACAACCCAGUAUUGUAUUAAAUUCCGUCAUGGAAGAACAUCAUCAUAAAAAAGAAGAUAGUAAUAAACAGCAAGAGCAGCAUAUUUUGCUAUCAGAUCCCAAUUUUUUGCGACAACAACAGCUUUUACAAGAACAACAAGAUAAAGUCAAUAAAAUGAUGAUGCAACAACGUCAACAAGAAUUACAACAACAGCAACAACAAGAGCAACAACAACUACAACAACAACAACAGCAACAGCAACAGCAGCAGCAGCAACAACAACAACAACAAAAGUCAAACCUGUCAGCUAUGUUGGAUAUCAAAAAGACGCCGAUCACUACGUCACCUCAACUUACACCCAUCAACUUGAUCAGUAGUCAACAACAAAAACGAGAAAUCAUGAAUAAAAGACCAACUCAUAUAAAUAUACCAUUAUCAGCUCAAAGUUUCAUGCCGUCGGCAUCGGCCAACAACAGACCUGUAUCAAAUAAUACUAACACGGUGGAUCAUCAAAGAAGAUUCAACGAACUGCAAGCGAGAUUCAGAGUGAAUAAUUAUACAAAAAAACCAUCAAUCAAACAGCAACAACAGCAAGAUAAUUACUUAUCAACAUCUAUAGGUGGUGGACCAUCGUAUGCACCAACAGCCAAGCAAAAUAAUAGGCUGUCCUCUUCUUAUACGGAUGGUUUAACUAUGAAUCAUACUACUUUAAGAAGGAGAUUAUCCCUGGAGCCAUCAACCAGCAAAUCACGUUUCAAUAGAGAUGGUGGUAAGAUCAAGGUGGCUGGUGGUAGCAACAACAACAAUAACAACAAUAACGCAAAUAAUGACAUGUUAAAAUCCCCUACUAUGGAGAACAGUAGCAUUAAAUCACCGUUGUCGUCGUCCUUUCCGUCGCGUACCAUGCCUAUUCAAAUUCAACGUGUUCAGCGAUCUAAUACAAACGCUAAUAAUAGUGGGCUAGGUGGUAUUAUAAACAGUGGUAAUAGUAAACAUGGUAGCGGCAGUAUAAGCUUUCAAUCUGUAUUUGAUCUAGAACAACGCCAAAAGAAAUUGGAUGAUCAAUUGUUGAAAGUUGAUUUUGAUGAUAUCACCGUGGCUGAAUUAAAAGAUAUGCUGAGGCAGCGUGGAAAACCUGCUACUGGAAAAAAAGCAAUUUUAGUACAAAGAUUACAAGAAGAACGUGAUAUGAUUCAACAUGCAAGAGCCAAUGGAAUAUCUAUUCUAAGUAGAAAUCAUCCAGUGAAUAGGCAACAACAACAACAACAGCAGCAGCAGCAGCAGCAGCAACAGCAACAGCAAUUGUUUACAAGCCCCCAUCUACAGCAACAGCAAUUACUUUUAAAUCAAUCACCUUUGAUGGGUAACAAUCAGCAUUUAGGUACAUCAUUACCCGAUUCUCUUUACUUAGCCAGUUCGCCUACGAUGAGUUUGAAUCAGUCUAUUGCAGAUAUGCACAUUGGAUCUCCUCCCCCUCCGUCACAGCCACAACCACAAUCACAACAACAGCAACAACAACAAUUUUACCAUAAUUCAUCCCUAAAAGUACCAACUCAUCAUAAUCAUUCACAAUUCUAUUCUUCUUCUGUUCCCACGGGAAGCCUAGACUUGAUUAUGAUGAGAAUGCACCAACAGCAACCCAUCAAUAAAUAUGCUCCAUUUACAUCAUCUGCGUUAGCAACGCCACCUGCGCAGGAGGAAGAUGAAGACGAUGUUAAUAUGGUAGAAAAAAACAGCAUACAUACUAAUAGAAACAGCAUAGACAAUAGCAAUAUUAUGUCCAUCAUGAAUAAUCACACUAUAAACAAUACAACUAUGGGUUGGUCCACCCAUCAUCAUCCCCAAUUAGAUGAAUUUUUAUUGCAACAACUACAACAACAACCACAACAGCAAGAUAAUGUAUUAAGUUCUUCAGAUGCUUUAUUGAAUGACAAAUCAACAGAGGAAUUAUUAUCAUUUCUCAUGUCCAGCCAUGAACUAUUCAGUAAUAAUGUAAAUAACGACCAAGAAAAUUGUGGUGGCAUACAGAUCAUCAAUUCAAAUAACAACGACAAUUAUAACAAUAUCAACAACAAUGGAAUUUUACCACCAGAAUUAGGAAAUGCCAUGUUUGAUGACCCCAUUAUUUAUGCCGAUAAUCCUAAUACUAGCAACAGCAACCAUAACAAUUUUUGAUUUUCUAUAACAAAAAUAUGCAUUUCAGUAUAGGUAGCAAUAAAGUUUGCUGGCCCUUGUAUAUUAGCUUUUUUUUCUUCUAUCACUUUUAUGUAAUGGCUCACUUGAUUCUGUAGAGUUUCCUUUUUUGAAAUUUCUGAACCUGAAUAUUUUGAUACGAC